AUGGAGGCCGUGAGCGGUAACCUAAUAUCGUUAUUCUCCCAAUCACUAUCCAGUAAUGUUGCCUCAAUCAAACAUGCAGAAGAAAGUUUGGCUAAAUUAUUGGAUCCAGAAUCUCCCGACGCCAUCACCAACAUCGUUUCGUUGCUACGAAUCAUAGUGGCCCCCUCAUUACCAGAAUAUCAAAGCUUCCUAAAGGGGACAAAUGUUGAAGUGCAGAUGGCAGCGGCGAUUUGUCUGAAAAAUUUGACAAAGGCAAGAGCUGAUGCCCCGGAGUCUUACGGUGGUUUCAAGCCUCAGCUUCGCACCUUCAUUAAAUGUUUCCUUCUUUUGUAUACCCUAAAGGGUAAAUCACUAGGAAUCAAUUUAAUGAUUUACAGACAGCUAAAAGAGGCUUUGGUUUAUAUGUCUGAAUUUGACUUUCCCUUAACAUUUGACUACUCACUACCUGUGUUGUUCUACUUGUUCAUUAGUGACAUCAAUGACAACUGCAUUCAAGUGUUUGAGAAUAGAUUGGCCACGGAAGUUCAGCAAAAUUCCACAUUAUCUAAUCAGCAAACUAGCAAAAUUGGAUAUGCUAAGUGUACAAUUCAAACAAUUGCUUUGUUCGUCCAAAUUAAAGAAUUGCUCAACACGUUUUCCACUCAAUUGUCAAUGAACCAAAACAUUGAGGCUUCGUAUUUGAAUUGUUUUAGUGGAUUAACUGAGAAGUUGGAGGAAAUUGGCAAGGUUCAGGCGUUGGAUUUAUUGCUAACUUUGGAAUUGGAACGAUUUUUACAGGCUAAUUCCAUUAUAUUCCCCACACAAAACAUUAAUGCAUACAAUUUGUCUGGAAAUGGCUUGAAUUGUGUGUCAAAACCUGGGGAUUCACUGUUCUAUUUGGACGAUAGAAAUCUGUUUAUGAACGAAUCAAUAUUUGCUCCCUGCAAUUUCGAUAAGGGAUAUGAGAAUAAUUAUGUAUCUUUAGACCCGUCACUGAUUCAUAUGGGCAUUGACAAUGUAAAUGUCAAAUACCUAGAAGAAAAGGUGGAAGCACUAGGUAUCAUAAAGCAGUUUAUUUCAAAGUACAAAAAGGCAAUUAGAAAUGAUGAUAUUCUGUUUGAGCUGAAAAUUAUACUUUCCCUAUCAGACAGACACUUGCUUACUUUGUUCCAAUAUUUCUUAUCCAAAUUGGGCGUUUUCAUUCAACUCUACGGCAAGAACCCCAAUUUAAUAAGGCCAAUCGAACUAAUACUUGAGGGAAUUAUUAACAUAAUUAAAAUAUUUAUCCACAUACAUACAAUCGACCUACCCGAAUCAUUUGAAGACAACAUAAACACAUACUUUGGCGGUUUCAUUCAGAUACUUCAAAUCGAAUUUCCUCCAGCAGCUGCGCCUCUCACUAGGUGCAAAACUUCCAUAUGUAAAAUAUUCAAGUUUUACGCGGAAAGAUAUCAAGAAGUCUUCUAUGGGCACAUUUUUGAUUGCAUAAUUAGAGUUGUUGCCCUCCUUGGUUCGCUUACUGGGAUACAAAUUGUGCAUGAUAAUAAGGAUUUAUCAUCAAGCUUGGCCACUGCUGCUCUGGGAUUCCUAGCUUCAACCUCUGGUUCCAUAUGGAGAUCUUCUUACAAUCAAACAGGGACCAAUCCUUACUUGAAUAAUGAGUUCAUCCGUGAAUUGUUGCUUAAGGCCAUACUGCCUAAUAUUGGAUACCAAGAAAAUGACCUAUCGUUAUUAGACGAAUUUCCGCUUGAGUUGGUACAGAGAGAGCUUGAAAAUCAUAUCAGCAGCAAUCGGCGAAUGGCCUCAAUAUCAUGUCUAAGGAAACUUGUUUCCAGUUAUGAAAAUUGUAAGCCAAUCCUUACGGGCCUUGUAAGUGAGAUCAACUCACAAUCGUCCCAGGAUCAAAACCAAAUGAUAAGGAUGAAGGAACUUUGUAUCCAGUUGAUUAUUUGCGCCAAUACGGAUAUUGACGUCUACAGUUACUACUGCAAAAAUUUGAAGAAUGAUCUCUUUAACAAGACAGACGUAACCAUACUAAUUUUGGCUACAUUAAAGUUCAUUAUGACAUCUUGCAAAUCUUUUCCUGAACAGGAACUGAUAUCACUAAUAUCAGUGUUGGGAUAUUACAUAAGGCACAGACAUGAGGCCGUGCAGUGCUUUGCCAUCGAAACUCUCAAUCGCAUAUUGGUAAUACCGCACAUGAAGAAACACAGACAUGAUCUAAAAGGCGCGUUGUUGCAGAAUUUGGAAUUUAUUGCUAAUUGCAUCCGGAAUGAUACUAUAACUCCGUCUAACGAAUUUUUUUCUAAAGGAAUUCUUCGCACAUUCCACUAUCUCAGGGAUGAGGUGAAGGGAGCCGGAAUCGUCAUGUUUGAAUUGGUGAUCGAGUUCAUUAAAAAUGUCAUUGACAGUCCUAUAAACCCACUUUACAAUCAUUACUUAUUUGAAUGUUUAUCCAUAUUGCUUAAAAUUCACUUACCAGGAACUGGGAACGCUGCUCCAUUGGACACUAUUGAACAGACAAUCAUACCCACAUUGUCUGUGAUAAUCCAAAGGAGCGUACAUGACUUCGUCCCUUAUAGUAUGCAAAUAUUGUCAAUGAUAUUAAAAUACACAACAGGUCCUGGAGAAAUAUAUAUUCAACUAUUCAAUCAUUUAUUGGCUAUUGAUUCGUGGAAAGUAUCCCAGUCUAAUGUACAGGGGAUUGUAAGAUUACUUGGUUGCUAUUUUCAAAGGCAUGAAUGCUUCCAGAGUAUAAUCAUAAGUAACAUGCAAGUUAUUUUUGAGAGGUUUCAUUUUUGUCUAACCCACAAGAGGCUCGGCGCCAUUGCUUUUGAAUUUCUAAACCACAUAUUCAAACACUUACCAUUGAACUACUAUAACAAUUUCAUGCAAACCUUAAUUACAAUUUUGAUGACAUUCUUACACUCCCACAAGACAGGUGAAUUGGCCAUGUUAUGCGUUGUGUCAAUUGGGCUGGUAUCGUUGGUCACAGAUGUAAUGGCUAUUAUGGACACUAUCCAGGCCGGCCUAUCUUGCAACUUUAUCGAAUUUAUUUUUAUCCCCAAUGCAAAAAAUGUAAAGCACUACGAACAAAAGUGUCUUAUCGCCCUGGCUUCGGCUAAAUUUGCCUCCAACCCUGCAUUAGUUACUAAGCAACAAUUGUUGCUCGAAUUUUUAUCCGAGGUUAUUUCUGGGACAGUUUUCGAGACGCAGAAGAAAACUGAUGAUUCAGAUAAUGAAUCAGAUAUAGAUUUGGAGUACAGCGUUUCAUAUGUCCAACUAUCAUUGACAAAGAUGGAUAAAUCACUCAUCGAUUUGAAUACGGUGGCGCAAAAUCUUUCCCAGUACUUGAGACCAUUGGAAGGAGCUGUUAAGCAAUUGAGGAACUCGGGUCCCUUACUCUCACUCAUGAAAUAA